GCGAGAUGGGGGGCGGUGUUCGCGCCGAAUUUGAAGCUGGGGCCGCGGGCGCUGUGGCCGUUAGUGGUGCGCGCGCGGCGGCGAGUGGGGGUGUUCUCCUCCGGUGUCCCCGCGCCUGGAACGGUCCGCCGGCGGCUGGGCGCUCCCUCCGCCGUUAGGAGCGGCCUCACUGCCGCCGAGCCAGGAGCGGGAACAGCGGCGGCCCCGAGCCGCGGGAGACCGUGGGAGGGGGCCGUGAGGUGACCGCCCACUUUCUCCGCAGCCAUGGGAGCGAAAAAGAAGGUUCUGCAAAUCAAAGACGCCUUUCAGCUGGCGCAGAAGCCUCACCAGAACCACGCGAAGCUCAUUGUGGGUUUGAAGAGCACCUACAACGAGUUGGAAGAUAAGGAAGAUUUUCAUGAAAAAUUCAUUAAUUUCCUUAAGUAUGCCAUGAUAAUCUAUAGACGGGAACCAGCAGUGGAACAAGUGAUCAAUUUUGUGGCUAAAUUUGUUAUUUCCUUUUAUCAAAUGGAGAAAGAAGAUGGUAGUGAAGAGGGUGAAGAAGAUAAUUCACUUCUGAAUUACGUGUUUAACUUUCUGCUUGAGUCUCACAAAGCAAACAGCCAUGCAGUUAGGUUUCGAACAUGUCAGCUUGUUAAUAAGAUUUUGGGAAAUAUGCCAGAGAAUGCCCAGAUUGAUGAUGACUUAUUUGAUAAAAUUAAUGAAGCUAUGCUGAUUAGACUACAAGAUAAAUUUUCGAAUGUGAGAAUCCAAGCUGUCUUGGCCCUGUCGAGACUUCAAGAUCCUAAGGAUGAAAACUGUCCUGUUGUUAACAUUUACAGUACACUGCUUGAAAAUGAUUCAAAUUCAGAAGUAAGGCGUGCAGUGCUGUCGUGUAUUGCUCCAUCAGCAAGGACUUUGCCAAAAAUUGUAGGCCGCACUAUGGAUGUAAAAGAAGGUGUCAGGAAGCAGGCAUAUGAGGUUUUGGCAGAAAAAGUUCACAUGAGAGCUCUGUCAAUAGCACAGAGAGUAAAAUUGUUACAACAAGGACUUAAUGACAGAUCUGAUGCUGUUAAGGAGGUAAUCAAGAAGAAGCUGCUUCAGGCCUGGUUACAAUUCACUGAAGGGGAUGUUUUAGAAUUGCUUCAUCGACUGGAUGUGGAAAAUUGCCCAGAAGUGGCUGGCCCAGUACUAAAUGCUUUGUUUUCAUCAUCUCCACUUCAAGACUUUGUUCAGAACUGUAAAAACCUUGACAGCAGAAAACUGAUGCAGCUGGAAGACUUAACAGCUGAGAAUGUAUUAUAUUGGAGAUGUCUUUGUGAAUAUCUAAAAUCAAAGGGUGAAGAAGGUGAAGAUUUACUAGAACAGAUGUUGCCAGAACCAGCUAUAUAUGCGGAUUAUUUAUUAAGUUACUUUAAAAAUAUUCCAGUUCUUAGCGAGGAACAAAGAGAAGACUUCACUUGUUUUGAAAACCUGAUGACAAAAGAAUUUAUAGGCCAGCAACUGAUUCAUAUCAUAGGCUGCAUGGAUACCACAGAAGAAGGAGGAAGAAAGCAUCUGUUAGUUACAUUACAAAAGAUUCUUACUCUGCCUACAACUUCAACAGCCUUUAUAUCUCUGCUUACGGAAAGAUUACUCACUAUUGUUCAGGAUGAUGACAGAAGGAUUCAAACUAUUGCAGAAAUUAUAUCAGAAGUUCAUGAGCCAAUUGUUGCAGUCGACCAGCCUGUUGAUGUUGCUGAAAUAAGAAAGCGGGAGCUUAAGCUGGCUGAAACAAAGGUGAAACUUUUUGAAGCAAAAGCAGCUUUGGAAGAAUGCAUUGAUCUGCAGGAUUUUAAUAAAGCAUCAGUAUUAAAAGAGAAAAUAACUGAGUUGGAACACAUUAAAAAUGAUCUGAUAAAAGAAGCAGAGCAACCUGAAAUUAAAGAAGUGCAUGUGGAGAAGAAUGAUCCUGAAACACUGUUGAAGUGUCUGAUGAUGUGUUAUGAACUUCUGAAGAUCAUGUCCCUUUCUAAAGGAAUUGGUCCAACCAUUAAUGAACUCAUUGAAUCUCUGAUACUUCCUGGUAUAACUAAUGUCCAUCCAGCUGUGAGAAAUAUGGCAGUUCUGUGUUUGGGUUGCUGUGCCCUUCAGAACAAAGAAUUUGCCCGACGACACCUUGCACUGCUGUUACAGGUUUUACAAAUAGAUAACAUAAAGGUAAAGCUCAGUGCUUUAAAGGCAAUCUUUGAUCAACUAAUGCUGUUUGGGAUUGAGCCAUUUAAAUCCAGAAAAGGCAGUAAUUCUCAAAGUGAAGACGCACAUAGUAGAAUGGAAGAUUGUGAGGAAGAAAGUGAAACAGUAGAGGAGGAGGAAGACACUGCUAUGACUCACAACCUCCUGCAGCUUCUUUCAGGUUUCCUAGACAGUGAGUUUUCAGAACUUAGGACGGAAGCUGCAGAAGGCAUAGCUAAACUGAUGUUCUCUGGGAGGCUGGUUAGUGCCAAGCUUCUUUCUCGUCUUGUUUUGUUGUGGUAUAAUCCUGUGACCGAAGAGGAUGUUCGGCUUAGACACUGUCUGGGAGUGUUCUUCCCUUUAUUUGCUUAUGCAAAUAGGUCUAACCAGGAAUGCUUUGAAGAAGCUUAUCUUCCAACUCUGCAAACACUGUUAAAUGCUCCUGCAACUUCACCUUUGGCUGAAAUAGAUAUCAGUAAUGUUUCUGAACUGUUAGUGGACCUGACCAGACCAAGUGGGCUGAAACCUCAGUCUAAAAAGUCUCAGGACUAUCAGGACUUAACAGUGCAUGAUAGUUUAGCAAUGAGAAUUUGCAACGAGAUCUUGAUGGACCCAACGGCACCAGAUGUUCGUAUUUAUGCAAAAGCUUUAAAUUCACUAGAACUCAGUAGUUCUUCCACAGAGAAUCUUCUGGUUCUGCUCAACGAGAUAAUAGAGAAAGUGAAAGAUAAACUGUGUCAAAGAGCUAUUGAGAAGGUCAAGAUGAACUUGAUCAAAGAUCCUAAUGUGGGCAAAGACAACUCUGAAAGGACUGAGGAAAUGGGCCCCUCUGAAAUGCCACAGGAAAUCGAUACCACGUUAGCUGAAAAUACUAUUCACAACAAGGAAGAAAAUAAUAAAGAUACUCUUCAUACUCCAGUUAAUGAAGCUAAAAAUAAAGCAACUGCAAAAUUGAAAUCCACGAGAAACAAAACUGGCAAAGAACAAAGGAAAGCAGCAGCAGAAGCGAGGUCUGUGAGAAGAAAAACUGGCACAACUGAAAAAUGUGGUAGUGAAAGUGGAGAUGAAAUUCAAGAAUCGGUCCCAGUGCCAAGUUCAAGGCCUUCAAGACGAGCAAAGACAGUGGCAUUUGAAAAAACAAGGAUGAAUCUUUCCAGACUUUUGGACAGGGAAGCAGAUGAGUGAAGACAAAAGGAGAAAGUGUCCUUUGCUCAUGCUGGCAGUUAACAUCAGGCUUGAAAAAUAAGAUUUGUUUUGUUGUUAGUCACAUUUAACUCUUUCUAUGCUAUGAUCAUUCAUAAUUCUCGAUUUUUGUAGGCACUUUUUUAAAUAGAUACUUUUGAUUUUUCAAAGAUGAAGUCCAUUCAUGUAAUAAAACACAUUAAAAUACUACCUGAAUAA